UCUUUCUUUCUUUCUUUCUUUAAGUUGUGUCCUUUUAUUCUUUGGCGUUUUGUUCUUUUUUUGGCCGAGUCCCUGUGAACAAUCCGACCGCCUCGCUCCUCGGUGCUUUCUAUCCAUCGGUACCGUCCACGCCGCUCCCCCCUCACGCGGCGCUAUUUUGACAGUCGGGGUCGCGGUGAGCCGACUCGAGCUAGCAGCUCCAUUAUCUCAGCAUUGGCACAACCCGAAGGAUCCUCCACACGGACUCGCAACGCACGGCCAGCAAAACGGGCUCCUGACCGGAGGACAGACCAUGCUGCUGCACUGAGCCGGAGGGAGAGAGAAGAGCGAGGCCCCGGCGGACCACCGAGGUGGUGGCUGGCCUGUUGGUGUGCCCCGCCCCCUUAUCCGGCUGGCUAGCUGCUGCCUCUUCAGUUCACCUGAUCGCUCCCCACCCCGAAGGCUAAAGCGUGCUAUGGACUGCGCUUCGCCCUCUGCUGCAGCCCACCACAGUAUACUACCUUAGUGGGUUCCCCUCAUCGUCCUCUGCCUGGUUCCCAUCCAGACUCACUGUACAGAGUCUAGCAAAGAUCUGAUACCACCUACAGCCACUGCUGGAUUGUCGACACCUUCCCAACUCCCUCCCCCUCCCCUAAGAAGAUGUCCGUGAGCCUGGCAACAGACAUCCAGCAGGAGGGAGAGAAUGGGCCCCUCAUUGAGCCCUGCAGUCGAGGCAAGACCUCCCCUCAACCACAGUGCACCAAGGAGGGGACGGGAGAGGCCGUGGAGCCCGAGGACAGCUCCCCACAGGAUGCACAGAAACGGGCUCCUAAUCACAGCCAUGGGAGGAAAAGGGCCAAGUCUAAUGCCAAACUGAAGCUGGUACGGAGUCUGGCAGUGUGUGAGGAGUCCUCUGGUCCGUUCUCCAAUGAUGGACCUCCAGAAUCGGAUAUCAUCCAGCUUCACAUCAGCUGUCCAUCAGACAAGGAAGAGGAGAAGUCCUCAAAGGACGAGUAUGAAAAUGAAGAGAAGGAAAAGAAGGACAAGGCUCCGCGAAAGAUGUUGUCACGUGACUCCAGUCAGGAAUACACUGACUCCACGGGCAUCGACGUUCAUGAGUUUCUGGUCAACACACUGAAAAACAAUCCCAGGGAUCGAAUGAUGCUGCUCAAACUAGAACAAGAUAUCCUGGAGUUCAUUAAUGACGACAAUAACCAGUAUAAGAAGUUUCCGCAGAUGACAUCUUAUCACCGAAUGCUGCUGCAUCGUGUGGCAGCCUACUUCGGGAUGGACCACAAUGUGGAUCAGACGGGCAAGGCUGUCAUCAUCAACAAGACGGGAAACACACGCAUCCCAGAACAGAAGUUCUCUGAACACAUCAAGGAUGAACGUAACAUGGACUUCCAGAAAAAAUUCAUCCUUAAGAGAGACGACGCCAGCAUGGACAAGGACGAUAAUCAGAUCCGGGUUCCGCUGCAGGAUGGCCGGCGUAGCAAGUCCAUUGAGGAGCGGGAGGAAGAGUAUCAGCGGGUACGAGACCGGAUUUUUGCCCGAGAAGUGUCUUUUUUCUUACAGUCCUCUCAAAAUGGAUACAUCAACGACAACAGACUUUCCACUGAGGGCUACUGCUCUAGCUCUCAAAAGAGGAGACAGAUCUUUAGAGGGAACCGCGAGAGCUCCAGCCGGGCUUCUAGCAGUCGUCAAAGCAGCACAGACAGUGACAUGAAGUGCCUGGAGCCCCGACCCUGGAGCAGCACUGACUCCGACAGCUCCAACCGCACCCUCCGGCCGCCCGUCACCAAGGCCAGCAGCUUCUCUGGCAUCUCCAUCCUUACCAGAGGGGACAGCCUCGGCAGCAACAAAGGCUCGCAGGGAAGCUGCAGAGGCUCUCGCUCUGCCUCCCAGUCGAGCCGAAGCCUUCUCCCCUGCCCGUCGCAACAGCCACAGCCCCAGGUCCCGCCUCAGACCGCCCUGCUGCCCACUCCACAGCAACACCCCAUGGGAAACCACAUGAUCGCUCAGCCUGUAGCAUCUCUGCAGCCCUCUCAGCCUGUCUCCUACUCCAGCCCUUCCUGCCCCCAGGUCCUCCUGCCAGUUUCCCCUCCUCAGCAGUACACAAUGGGAGAAGAGCUUGCGCCCCCAUUCACACAGAUGACGCUGAGUCGGCAGGGCUCCAGCGAGAACCCCGAGCCGCCACCCAUGUACCAGGCUCCUCCCACAGUGCUGACCCAGCACCCCCCUCCCCAGACCGGAUACAUCAUGGCUACCACAGGUCAGCCUAUGCCGCCUCCGUCUGGUUACCAGCCUGCCACUGGACACGCCCAUCCUCCACCUCCACCGCCUCCUCCAUCCCAGCCUGUCAUGCAGGCCCCGCCACCCCCACAAGGCUACAUGCAGCCCCCUCCACCUCAACAGAUACAGGUGUCCUACUACCCUCCGGGUCAGUAUUCCAGCUCUAGCCAGCAGUACCGAGUCUCCCAGCCCAUGUCCCACCAGGUGUCUUAUCCUGCCCAGCGCACACAACCCAUGCCUCAGCCCGCACAGCAGUCAGGUCUCCAGACAAUGAUGCCCAGCCAGCAGCCGAGCUACCAGGGUAUGAUUGGUGUGCAGCAGCCCCAGAACCCUGGUCUGCUCAAUUCCCAGAGGGCAGGCAUGGGAGGACAAAUGCAAAGCAUAAUGGUCCAGUACCCCCAGAUGCCGUCAUAUCAGGUUCCGGUGGGAAAUGAGAAUCAGCAGGUGGUGCAGCAGCAGUACCAGCAGCAGGUGAUGGUUCCCGUCAGCCAGUCUGUCCAGGGGCCCAUGCCUGUCUUCUACGGUGUUAUCACACCCACACAGCAGAAUAGCACAAGCCCGUCGGUCGGUUACCUGCAGCCCGCGAGCUCUGAGCAGUAUCAGAUCACACAGUCGCCGUCCCCUUGCAACCCUCAACAGUUGCAGCAGCAAUAUUCAGGAGUACCGCCGCCUGGGCCCGGGGUGAUGGUCAUGCAGCUCAGCGUCCCCAAUGGACCACAGCCUUCCCAGAACCCUCCUCUGGUCCAGUGGAACCCCUGCAAGUACUACAGCAUAGAGCAGAGGUCCAGCAAGCCCGGAGAGCUGUACAAACCGGACAACACUCCACAGGUUAGCACUCAGUUGACGAGUCCCCUGGCCUCCCCCACUCAGUCUCCCACCCCAUCUCCCUCCGGCAGCGUCAGCAGCGUCUGUCCAGGCCUGGGACCACUACCCCUCAUUUCCCAGUUUCCCCGGCCAGGAGGACCCGCACAAGGUGAUGGUCGCUACUCUCUGCUGGGGCAGCCUCUGCAGUACAGCCUGUGUCCUCCCCCCCUAAUGCAUAGCCAGUCCUCCUACAGCUCCCAUCAGGGCCCAGGAGUAAUGAAACACGGGGCACGCGGUAAAAAACAAACACUCAAAUCUGCAUCGACGGAUCUCGGCACAACUGAUUUCGUGGUGAGUCGAGUACUCGAGGUAACGGACCUGCCCGAGGGCAUUUCACGUCCGGAGGCUGAGAAGCUCUUCAACCAGCUGUCGAUGUGCGGUGCCAAGAUCCAGUGGCUGAAGGAGCCCCAGGGAGGCCGACGAGGAGGAGGAGGAGGCGGCGGGUGUGGCCCCUGCCCUGGUGCGGGGCCAGUCGGUCCAGGAGCCGCCAGUGGGCUCGUGGCUCACAUGGGAGCGAAGGCCGACGGCGGCGGCGACCCGGCCCACCUGUACACAGUAGUGGCUGUGUUCCCCAGCACCAUGGCCGCCCAGAGUGCUUCCUUCAAACUGAACAACAGCGGGGCCGGCCUCUUCAAGCUGAGGGCCGCCAAAAAGAACUACGACCUGCGAGUGCUGGAGAGAGCCAGCUCUCAGUGAAAGGAGAAGGGGAGGAAAGAGACCGAACAAAAGGGAGGAGGAGGGGGGGGCUGCUCUCAGUGUACAAAUACGAAAAGAAAAAAAAAAGUACUUGAGUCAAAUGAUGUGUCAAAUGUAUAAAAGGAAAGAAGGUGUGAAUUAUGAGGUGGUCGGUGUUUGGUUGCAGAAAUAAUUUUGUUGUUUGUUUUUAUUCAUCGUUUUUUUUUGUUUUGUAUUUAUAUAGCAGAAGAGCACACAAGACACACGAGCAUGUGUUUCACUGUUGCCGUGGAAUGUGUGCUGCCAUUAUACAAAAAGACAAACACGAAAUGCCACACGGACACGCACACAGACACACGCAGGCAACCGGGUCACGUAGCACAUGACAAAAGCCACACUGGACAGUCGAGUCGACCUCAGUCAAACCGUUCCCUCCCGCCGCCGCCGCCGCUCUCCGACCCUUAUUCCUUUUUCCCCCCGCCAACGCUGUCUCUCCUCCCCCCCGACUCUCCCAGCCGUCUCUCCAGCUCACAUAUUUAUACAUUUUCAUACGCACAGUUGCGCAAUCUCUCAGCUUUUCCCCCAAAGCUCUUUUCUCGCCACGUCUCAUGCUGGGCCUCCUCUCUCGCUCUCGCGCUCUCUCUCUCUCUCCACUCUUGCUUUCUGUUUGCCUUACUGCUGUUGUGGGUUUCUGUAUUGCGCUGUUUUUUUUUUUUUUUUUUUUUUUUUCAAAGUUUUUUUGUUAUAUUCUUUUUCGGGAUUCAAUAUAUUUAUAUAAGUGAUGUAAGGAAUAAAAAAACUAUAUAUUCAGUGAUUUCGUUCUUUCCCCCGAGUGAAAAGGUUUAGGUCUUCAUUUAUCCCUUACUCCCUCCUCACCGCCCCCCUCCUCCUCUCCUCUUUCCCAAAUUUAUUUUCUCCUUACUGCCCUUUACCUCACCUUUUGGCCCCCCCCCCCCCCCACGCCCUGUUGUGUUUGCGUUUUUUUGUUGACAGCUGUGCAGAACGUAACAGAAGAAGUAGUUAAAGUGCACAAUGAUUGCAUACGUCUACUGUAAAUUUUAUUUAAUCUGUUAUUUUGUUUGUUUUUAAAAAUAUAAAAUUCAAGAAAAAAAUAUCAAAACA